AUGCGUCCUGGCUCCGUAACAACAUCAGGGAAGAGGAUGGCGGAGGAUGGGAAGGAAGAGUCGAUGGCUACAGACGACGACUCAGACAAAACAGCAGAGGACGGAGCUAACAGUCUGAACAGUGCGAUGGUGGAAGAGGGCUGCACUUUACUGCGCAGAAUGGAGAUCUGUGUGGCUGAGGCAGAGAAAAGGAGCGGCAAAAAUGCAGUGAACAUGCAGGAGACGUUCACUGUGUACCUCAUUGAAACACGGCCAAUGGAUGCACUUAAUGAGGGACGUAACCCAGCUCCAGAUUCUCUGUGGAGGAGAUACAGUGAAUUUGAGCUGCUGCGGAACUACCUUAUAGUCACCUACCCGUACAUUGUGGUUCCUCCACUGCCGGAGAAGAGGGCUGAGUUUGUGUGGCACAAGUUGUCUGCAGACAACAUGGACCCAGACUUUGUGGAGCGCCGCAGAGUUGGCCUAGAGAACUUUCUGCUUCGUGUUGCAUCACAUCCAGUCCUCUCCAAUGACAAGAUCCUUUACCAUUUCCUUACUGAGGAACAUGGCUGGAAGGAAGUGGUGUAUGAAACGGGAUUUCAGGCAAAGGCAGAUUCCAGGUUGAAGGCUCUCAGUGCCACCUUCAGAGUGAGAAAUCCAGAUAAACGUUUUAUGGAGAUGAAACAUUACAGCGAUGAGCUGCAGUCUCACACCUCUCAGCUGCUGAGAGCAAGAGCAAGAGUUGCCGAUCGACUGUAUGGUGUUUACAAGGUCCAUGGGAACUACGGCAGAGUCUUCAGUGAAUGGAGUGCCAUAGAGAAAGAGAUGGGGGAUGGGCUACAGAGUGCUGGUCAUCAUAUGGAUGCAUAUGCUGCUUCAAUAGAUGACAUUUUGGAAGAAGAGGAACAUUAUGCAGACCAGCUAAAGGAAUAUCUGUUCUACGCUGAAGCUCUGAGGGCAGUGUGCAGGAAACAUGAGCUGACUCAGUUUGAGCUGGAGAUGGCCUCUCAGGACCUCAUCUCCAAGAAGCAGCAGCGGGAGGAGCUGGCCACAGGGAUUGUGCGGACGUUCUCCUUCAAAGGCAUGACCAACAAGCUUUUUGGUCAGGAGGCUCCUGAGCAGAGGGAGGCCAGACUGAAGCUGCUGGAGGAGCUGAUCGCAGAGGGCGAAGACACUGUGAAGGAGAAAACAGUGGAGUGCGAAGAGCACGUUGAAAGAGCAUGGGUGGACAUGCAGCGCUUUAAGGAGCAGAAAGACAAAGAUCUGCGGGAAGCUCUCAUUAACUAUGCUGUCAUGCAGAUCAGCAUGUGCAAGAAGGGAAUACAGGUGUGGGGCAAUGCCAAAGAAUGUUUCCUAAAGAUGUGAAGUUAAAGCCAUACACAGAGGAUUCCCAGUCACUGUUGUACUGGAAAGUGAUGCCAAACAAAAUGCAUACAUGGAUGAUGUAAUUUUAAGUACUUACAUAGAAGAUAUUUAUGCAGAUGAUUUGAAAUACUGCUGUAAAUUUACUAGCAAAUUUAGUGAAAAAAGAAGUCCUUCUAUAUAUGAGUGUUUGUGACAUAGUGUAAAGCACAUGACUGAGACACUGCACAACAAUUUCCAAAUAUACAGUUCCAGAUUUCUAAUUUUAUAGAGAACGCUUUCAGACUGGAGGUGUGAUGGGAAAGAAACUGCUAUAAUAUAUUAUUGGACGUGUCCAGAAUAUUUCAGGGAGACUGUUGACAGACCAUGAGGGUCUACAUCAGGGGUGUCAAAUAUUCGACCUGUGGUCCAAAACCUCCAGGUUCCACCAUUGCUUGUGGAAAGAAUUUGCAAAGGGCAAAAAUUACACUGAAGAUUUUGACAGUCAAGGUCUAUCGAACUCAUUUUAGUUCCAAAUUCCAAAAUUUUAACGAUAUUCUGCCGGUCACUAAAUAUUUUAUCUCUUUGUAGAUCUACUGUGAUCUGCAAUGGACAUGUAUGAAUGAUAAGUUGAGGCAUAAUAUUGUUAAAAUCGCACUUAUUUUUCUUAAGAAAUUUCAGAUUUUGUAGGUUAUUCACAUUUUUGAUGAAUGUAAAUUUAAAAGAUUCAUAAAACAAUUUGGAGUUCUCAGUAUUUACAGAUUGUCAUGCCAUUAUUUUACUGAUCUGGCCCAGUGGAGGUCAAAUUGGACUUGAUUUAUUCAUUUUAUUUAUUUAACCUCUGUUUAACCAGGUAAGUUCGAUGAGAACUGAAUCGCAUUUUCAAUAACAAUCUGAACAUAUAGAGACAAACAACCAAUCACUCACUCAUUCACACCUAUGGGCAAUUUAGAUUAACUAAUUAGCCCACUAGUGCAUGUGAUGUGGUCCUUGAACUAAAAUGAGUUCGACAGCCCUGGUCUAUGUGAAGAGGAUCAUGUAUCCAGUGAGCAUUAGCGGGUUCAUCUGCACACUGCUGACAGUUUAUCUGUUUGCAGUGGCAGCAUUAAGUCUGAGCUGCGCUGCUUUGAGUGGUAUUUAUCUUACGACCAACCUGAACAGAGGUAGUGAAAUGUUUUGCUUGGUUGAAGAAAAAGUUGGCAAUAGUGGAACUUCAGUACAAAAUAUAUAAUUUAUUAACCAAAGGUUUUGUUUGCAUGGAUCUUUAAGUCUGCAUUUUUUUCUUUCAUCAUUAAUGUUAAUAGUCUGGAAAUUUGUUUUAAUUUCAUUUUGGAUUGCAUUUUGGAAGUACUGUAUGUUAUUUAUUUAAAAUGAAAAGGUGGAGGUGCUGCUUUGCUGUAGAGUUUUACUAUUUUUGUGUUCUGCCACUCUUACUAUCUCAGUAGAUAAAUGAGAAAGAUUAUUCUUGCCUCUCUUUAAUAUUCACUUAUGUAAGACAAGGUGAAGUUCACAACAGUCAAGAGUGUCAAAGAUUAAUUUUCAGUUACCCUUAAAUAUUCUGUGAACUGUUUAAAGAAUGACAUGUUGAUGCAACAAGUAGGCAUUAAGUUUUAUUCACUCCUUUCUGUGUUGAAGGAAUUACUGACAUGAAAGCUUUACAUGAAUAAAAAUGAAUUAAGGUGAGCUCAUGGUGAGGUUUAGAUCACUGUAAUGGACUAAUGCACAGUAAACUGCACAUAUGAGUCAUGAUAACGUGUCAAGAUUUUUAUCUGCUCCAUGGUUUAAAUUAUUAAAAUAAAAUUUAUUUGCUGUUUUACAGGCUUCCUAGCAAUAAGCUAUGUGUAUUUAUGUAGCAUUUAUAACUGUGUUAUAAGUGUGAAUAAAUGACAUUAUACAUGACAUAA